UUAUAUUUAAACCAAAAAACAUCUUCGUUUGCUCUUCAACACACAACUUGUUCAAUUUUUUUGUUCUUCAAUUUUAUCAAUUUUCUUAGUUAAUUAUUUAUUUAAAUCAAAUUUUUCCAUCUAAUAUGGGUUCGAAACAAACAAAAUUCGAUGCUGAAUAUUUACCACAAACACCAAAACAACAACCAAUUACAAUUCAAACUGAAUUCGGUCCAGAUUUGGAAGACAUUUUAGAUCCAAGAUCACCUCACAUUUGUCGAACUCCUUUAAAUGAAAUCACACAAAAACAUGAACAAAACUAUUAUCAAAUAGCUGCUGCAAUUCCAGCAAUUUCAACCGAACAACCUGUCGGCUUGUUGCGCAAAAGAUUCUUCAAAGGAUUCUCAUAUAGUUUAAAUGAUCCACGUUCGCCAAGUGUUUUUAUGAAUCGAACACCUUUAGUAUUCGAUGAGACUGUUAAUUUAGAUGAUACAUUCUCAGAUUUAUUUGUUGAGACGAAAAUUCCACGAGUUGAAGGUCCACCAGAAUCUGAAAAGAUUGACGCGCCAAAAAUUGAAGAAAAUCAUGAAAUUGCAGAAAAAGAAGAAGAACAAAAGACUGAAGAAGAACAACAACAACAAAUUGAAGAAGCUGUCACACCAAAAAUCACUAAAUCCCAUCCCGAAGAGACAACAAUCGAACGUGAUCCACGUUCGCCGUCGAUCGGUGUCGAUCGGACGCCAAUUAUUCUCAACGAUGACGAUGCUCCUGAUGAGGAGGAUAUGAUUGAGGCAAUUUUGUCCACAUUGUCUUUGAAUCAGAAGAAAAUGCCAACAAAUAAGCCACUUGAUAGAAUUAAAAACAAAAAGGCACCUUCGAAAAGAGCCUCUUCUCCAAUUCGCCGAGAGACAAUGAUGAUUUAUAAUGAUCAAGAGAAUUGUUCAACUCCAGCAAAGGCUACUCGGGGAAUUAUAGAUUCACCAUCGGCGGCAGCUGGCAAACGAACACCACUCAGUUGUCUUAAAAAUAAUCCACAAUUCCGAUCGAAAUCGGUUGAAGUUUCGGGGAAAACUUUGAAACCACGUUUGCCUUUGACUAGUUUUGAUGAUACAUUGCAUAAAAUUACACCGGUUAAGAAGAUUUUGCGCUAUUCGAAUAUGGAGAAUAUUGAGAAUUCAUUUGAAUUUUGAAUUUUUUUUGUUUGAAUAUAAGUUUUUGAAUAAUAUUUUUUACACAUUUUUU